GACAGACUCUGCAUACUGUGACACUGAACACAGACAAAAGGAAGAAAAGUCUGAGAAAAGAGGCUACAUGCAUGCACGCUUUACAAGUGCUUAUAUUCAGCUCAGGAAACCUGAAACAACAGCGUGCAUCCUGAAUUUCCAGAAUGCUUUGGGCACUAUGUGUAGGCCUAUCUAUGCAGUGGUUUUCUGGGCUUCAUCAAUAGAAGACUAAACUAAACGCCCGCCCAGUUAAACGCGCUUGUUUCUCUGGAUUGGUGGCUCGUGUUGGACGUCUGGGGGCCAACGGCUUUAAAACAUCGUGUGAGCGCCUCCUCCUGUCGAAACUCUCACAGGUACAUAUGGCCCUUACUUACGAAACCAUAACCAGCUCUAUGGAGACCGGCAGAGAUCUCACGUCACCCCCAAUAUGCCUGGACACGGCAACUCCAUCAACUUUGGAGCUCACGGCUUUAAUCACAGGUUUUACAGCUAUCAUCAUCGCAACCCUCAUCAGCAUCAUCACCACCAGCGUCCUCCCUGGAAAGGGCCUCCCUUUAUCUACCACCGUCCUGCUUUACCUGUCCGACCCAUCUCACCUGUCCAUCCUACCCGGUCAGUUGUGCCCACACCUCCUAGAAUUCCAGUGGUGUUGCCUGUCCCUACAGUGCCCAUGCCACUCACCAAGGUAGCCACCCUACCCCCGCCACCUCCAACAGAGACUACAACCACAUCAACCACAUCAGCCACUGCAACCACUACAACCACAGCUAUCAUAACAACCAAGUCAACCACUCCAGAGCCGGUCAGUACCCCACGUGGCACACCUGCCCCUGCCGAACCUUCCACUGACCCAGCUCCAGCAGAGCUCUGCAAGAGCCGUCCUCUAGACCUGGUUUUUAUCAUUGACAGUUCUCGUAGCGUCCGUCCUGCAGAGUUCGAGAAGGUCAAAAUCUUCCUCUCUGAAAUGGUUGAUUCUCUUGAUAUUGGAUCCGAUGCCACACGAGUGGCCCUGGUCAACUACGCCAGCACCGUCAACAUUGAGUUCCUGCUGAAAAAGUACUUCAGUAAGGCAGAGGUCAAGCAGGCCUUCUCUCGUAUCGAUCCCCUCUCAACAGGAACUAUGACUGGCCAAGCUAUCAAAACCACCAUAGAGCAGGUUUUUACAGAGAUCGCUGGGGCCCGGCCAUUAAAAAAGAACAUCGGUAAGGUGGCCAUCAUUGUGACCGAUGGGAGGCCGCAAGAUAAAGUUGAAGAGGUGGCAGCAGCAGCAAGGGCUUCUGGGAUUGAAAUAUAUGCUGUCGGAGUGGACAGAGCAGAUAUGCGGUCUCUCAAACAGAUGGCCAGUCAGCCUCUUGAGGACCAUGUGUUUUAUGUGGAGACAUACGGAGUGAUCGAAAAACUAACAUCUAAGUUCAGGGAGACACUCUGUGCUGAUUUUGCAGGUUUCGAUGCUUGUGCACUUGGGCACAACUGCCAACAUAUUUGUGUCAACAACAAUGCCUCUUAUUUCUGCAAGUGCAGAGAGGGAUAUGUUAUCAACUCUGACAAGAAAACAUGCUCUAAGCAGACCAAUGAAGAGGCGAGAGGAGAUCUGACUGAGAAUGCCUGCAUGUGUGAAGCUCAGAUUGCAUUUCAGAGGAAGGUUCACGACAGCAUACAGACUCUCACCAGCAGACUGGAUGACAUCUCAUACAGAGUGCAGCAGCUUGAUCUCCAUCGUGGCUAGAGUGGAGGAUGGGACUCUAAACAGCUUGUUCUAAAAUGAAAGAAGAAGAAGAAGAAAACAAUGUCUUAGAAGAUUUCUAAAAUGUAUCCCACACAUUCCUCAUUUUGUUUGUUUAAUCAUAUUUCAUAUUGUGCUUAUAAUUAUUUUAGAUUUCAUUAUGUUCUUAGUAUGAUCUUUGAGUUAUAAUCAUAUAUUAUAUUAACUUUUUGACACAAAGUGUUACGUGUUUUUAAAUACAUUUCCUUUUAUUUUGGGAAAAAUGGAAUAGUAAAAUAUAAAGUAUAUAAAGUAUACACACAUCAUUUAAUGUUGUUGUCUAUUUUAAAUACUUUUACA